AUGAUUUAUUUAUUCCUCCCUGAGUCAGUCCUGUUCCUGGGACUCAGUCACAGUCUGACCGCUGACCUGCAGCUGGCAGCAGCAGCUUUAUCCAUCGUGUGUGCAGCUGUGUGUGUGGCCUGCUCCUCCUGCUCCUCUUCCUGCAGAUGUACACUCCUCCUAAUGUUUCCCAGCAUGCUCGGCUCCAGAGGACGAGCGUAUCUGAUGCUGCUUCUCCUGAUGGUGCUGUGCAGAGGGCCGCUCUCUAACAUCCAGAGUAAUGUGGAGGCGGCGGCUCUCUCUCUCAGCUGCAACCUGGACCUGCAGAUCCACCACAGCAAGCUCCUGUGGAGAGAGACUCUCGACCCGUACAUCAGCAUCUCUCAGCAGCUCAUGGACGAUAAAGAGGAGUUCCAGUCGGAGAUUCGGAGCGUUAGCAGGACGUUUCAGGAGGUCAGAGACGAGGUCGUCCGUCAAUACGGAUACAACGACUUCAGCAGGAAGCACACCGCAGGAACAGGAAGCAGCACGCAGGGCAACAGGAAGCACAACGCAGGAACAGGAAGCAGCACGCAGGGCAACAGGAAGCACAACGCAGGAACAGGAAGCAGCACGCAGGGCAACAGGAAGCACACCGGAGGAACAGGAAGCAGCACGCAGGGCAACAGGAAGCACAACGCAGGAACAGGAAGCAGCACGCAGGGCAACAGGAAGCACAACGCAGGAACAGGAAGCAGCACACAGGAGCAGUUCAGCUCCCGGACCAUGAUGCAGUGCGACAGUGUGGUGGGGGGGGGGGUGCAGCGGUGCUCUGAUUGGUUCAGCCUCAGGUGGGCGGAGUGUAUGGAGGCCGUCUCCGUCCCUGUCAUCAACCACCUGCUCUGCAUCUGCAUGAAGCUGCACUUCCUGUGUGACGUGCUCAGAGUGAUGACCCCGUGGUGCAGGGAUCAGGUCCCGGUCGAAGGAAACUUCGGUCAGCUGUUCGACCGUCUCAACGAGUCCAUGGACCUCCUGAGCCGGGAGUUCAGCGCUGAACUGGUCCUGCAGGAGGUGCAGCAGCAGGAGGUGUUGGGAGGAGCUCUGAUGGAGGACGAGUUCACGGAGGCCGUCAGAGGAUCCUUCAGGCAGCUGAGGAGAGACGUGGAGCGCCUGCUGACCAUCCUGCAGCUGAUGCUCUCCUUCACAUUCAUCUCCACCUUCACUCAAGCUUUUGGUUACCUGCGUCAGUACAGGAGAGAUGUUCGAUUUGACAACCUGUACAUCACCAGCCGCUUCAGACGGAUGGACGCCCGCAGGAGCAGAGCGGGGAAGCGCUGCGUGCUGCCUCUGCUGAGACCCCAGCAGCUGAUCGAGCCCUGCAGUCUGAGGGUCCACCAGCAGGAGCUGCAGCACCUGUCCUCAGGUGUGUGUCAGCUGCUCUCCCUCUCCCUCCUCUCGCUCGUCCUGCUCACCGUCGACUUCUCUCUGUUCCACGUGAUGAACAUCGUCAGCACACACACCAUCAGCAACUUCAACCUGACCAGUCGGCACCAGGUGGACAUCAGAGUGGGCGGAGCCUCCAUGAUGGCGCGGCUGCUCAGGAAGACGGUGUCGGCAUUCAACAGAUCCAGCAGCGUCAGCAUCCACACACACAACAGAGUGUGCGUGUUCCCCCCCUCACCCCUCCCUGCAGGUGUGUAUGUGAGCUGUGUGAUUUGUGUCCUGAUGGUUGCGCUGUGCAGCGUCCUGCAGGUGUACACACACCGCCUCCGCCGAGCCAUCUCAGCAUACUACUACCCACAGACAGAGAAGAGGCGUGUCCUGUUUCUAUACAAUCUGCAGCUCCAGAGACGGAUUUCCUCCCCGGACAGUGAACGUCUCACCAGCUGGGCAGAGAGGAGCAGGAGGGUGUGUCAGAGUCUCUGCAGGUGUGGACGUUCCCUCCAACAGGAAGAUGCCCCCCCCGCAUAGACAGGAAGCUCCACCUGCAGCGCACACACUUUAGAGAAGAAGAAGAAGAAGAAGAAGAAGAAGAAGAAGAAGAAGAAGAAGAAGAAGAAGAAGAAGAAGAAGCUUUAAAAGAGAAUAAAGAGGAGCUGAGGGACCCUCGUCCUCCCUCAUGUUUCACUUGAGCAGCUGCACAGCAUGUGAAUCCUCAUGCACGAGACAAAGAGGGUGAAGGUGAAGAGUAGCUGUUGCAGAGCAAAGGAGUGUGUGUGUGUGUGUGUGUGUGUGUGUGUGUGUGUGUGUGUGUGUGUAUGUAGAUAGAAGAUAGAAUGGGAGGAUGAAACCCUCAUUAUUAGUCACAUACAUGCACACAUCAGAGCACACACAGUAAAAUGUGUCCUCUGCAUUUAACCCAUCCUAGUACUGAGAGCAGUGGGCAGCUAUUGUGCAGCGCCCGUGUGUGUGUGUGUGUGUGUGUGUGUGUGUGUGUGUGUGUGUGUGUGUGUGUUUGUGCGAGCGUUGAAGUUCUUAAUGUAUGUGUUUAUUUGUGUAGAAACAGUUAGUGUGCUCUGUUCAGACUUUAAUCUGAUGACCUCACUGACCCCGCUCUGGAUUAAUACUCUAGGGCGGUGGAAGGAACACUUUGAGGAACUCCUGAACCCGACAACUCCGCCCUCUAUGUUAGAGGCGGAGCUGGAGUAUGAAGGGGGAUCAACUCCUAUCUCACGGGGGGAAGUCACUGAGGUAGUUAAACAGCUCCACAGUGGCAAAGCCCGGGGGUGGAUGAGAUCCGCCCAGAAAUGCUGAAGGCUCUGGGUGUUGAGGGACUGUCAUGGUUGACACGUCUCAUCAACAUUGCGUGGAAGUUGGAAACAGUACCGAAGGAGUGGCAGACCGGGGUGGUGGUUGCUCUUUUUAAAAAGGGGGAUCAGAGGGUGUGUGCCAAUUACAGAGGCAUCACAUUACUCAGCCUCCCCGGGAAAGUUUACUCUAAGGUGCUGGAAAGGAGGGUCCGACCGAUUGUCGAACCUCAGAUUGAAGAGGAACAAUGCGGUUUUCGUCCUGGUCCUGGAAUGACGGACCAGCUUUUCACUCUCGCAAGGA